GUGACAUUUUCCCACGGUAUGAGAAAAUUAAGUGGUCGGUGUCGGUGGUCGACAACUUUGGCUUGGGAGUCCACUAUAUGACAAACUCUCCAUAACAGUAGCGUCAAAAGCACGGUUAGCAUCAUGGCGGACAAGCCGAAUGAUUCAACAAAAGAGGAGUCAUCUCCAGUUCCUGCCAUAAAGUUGGACCUUUUACCAGAGGCAAAGUUGUCAGAUGUACCAGAGCCUGUAGUUGAGAAAGAUAAUAGUGAGAAUAGUAGCUUUAAUAACAGGCUAAAGUAUAAACCAGGUGUAUUUGGAUCUGCAGGGUCUUCAAAUUUUAGAUCAUUUUCUUCUUUUGAACCAUCAAAAAUGAGUAAUGAAAAGCCAUCCACGUCUAUGGGGCCCCUUAGAGCCUCAUACCUCCGUCCUCCACAACUUGCAAGCCCAGACAAAUUUGGAUCCACACCAGCACUGGGCGAGAAUGCAACAAAAUAUUCAUUUGCCCUGAAACCAGCUCGUUUAAGCAAUCCAUUUGCUAAAGGUGAAACAGAAGAAAUGAGAGAUGAUACAGCAGAAACACAAGCCACAGAAGAAAAGACUUCUGCCCCUGGUGUUCAAGUUGCUCAACCUCCUGCAUCACUACCUAAGUUUGUUCCUUUGGGAACACCUCUGCCACCUUCACAGUCCAGAGGGAACCCAACAGCAUCUCCUGCAGUUCCAUCUACCUCUGCUGCCAGUGGAUUUGUGUUUGGACAAAAUUUGCAUGAAAAAGUUUCAGAUGCUGCUUCAACAGAAACAGUUACCGAGAAGAGUGAAAUUCCAGAUGCGGUGAAUAAUGGUGCCUCAAGUUCCAGUACAACAGUUGGAAGUAACGGCACUUCUGAGAACCUGUUCACAUCUGUUUUGAAAAGAGAACAGGUUGAAAAAAGCAAUGAUAGUGGAGGGGAAAGUGGUGGCGAUCGGCCCAACAAAUCGCUCAGUGAAGCUGCUAAGGAGUACGAAGAAUCAAGAGCUGUCAAACGAAAAUACGAAGAGGUGGCUGUUGUAACUGGGGAAGAAGAUGAGCUGAAUAUCUUGCAGAUCAAUUGUAAGUUGUUUGCUUUUGAUAAAGUAAAGUCUUCUUGGGCUGAACGUGGUCGAGGAAACCUACGUUUGAAUGACAAGGAGUCGGGAUCUGGGCAGAAGCAGUCAAGAAUUAUCAUGCGUACUGCAGGAAGUUUUCGAGUAAUUCUGAACACCAAGUUGUGGCCUGGGAUGGUGGUUGAAAAAGUCAGCAGUAAAAGUGUUCGUCUCACUGCAAUGGAUGCUAUUAGUGGGGAAAUUCUUGUUUUCCUCGUCAUGGCUAGUCCUAAGGAUGCAGAUUUCCUUUUCAAUUACCUGGACUCAAGAGUUACUUCACUUAAGGCUACAUGCGCUGAAACCGCUUCAAGCUAUCCAGAUGCAUCCAGAAAGAAUAAUCUUAGUAGUAAUGCUGCUGAAACACAAGACAGUGUUGACAAAUCAGUGAAGAAGAGAGCAUUUGAUACAUCAGGGGAAGAAAAUGAAAACAAUCAUGUUUCCAAAACCGAAAGCACAGACUCUCAAGAUACAGGAGGAAGUGAUGAUUCUGCGUUAGGAAAGAUUUCUGGCAAUGAUGACGUUUCUAAUUCAACUGCGUUGUCAUGAACAUUUUUUUUUACUGACAUUUUUCUGUGGCUCAUGGUAAUUUUAUUUACCAUUGUUACUUUAACAUCUGGUAAUAUUUAGACUCCAUUGUAACCACCAUCACAUUCUAUUAUUUUUUUUUCUUAGAUAGAGCUUUGUAAUUCCUAAUUUUUCACUUGCUCAGAAAACUUGUCUACGACAAAGAUAUUUUGUAUGUCUGCUGAGUGUGAUGUAGGAGCAAGCGCUGUAAUAGAUUUGAAAGUCAUCUUGUUCCUCUGAACGUUGUUCACGGAACUAUUUUCAGUGUCCUAGAGUUCAGAUUCAUGUUAUUAGCACCUCAUCAAUUUUUUUUUUUACACAACCUUGAAAAAUUGUCUUCCAUCAGAUGUUUCCUUUUAAACAAUAAAGACUUUUGAAGAGCUUGUACAAUA